GCGAGCUGCUAGUCGUAUUUUAAAAGACCUUGGCUGUAGCUUUAAUUGAAACUAUUGUAAGCAUAUUUUGCACAUUUUAUUCCCCGGUUCAGCUCAAGCGAGGCAGACUGGAUUGGCUGCAUUUCAAUGGAGACUAUGUCAAAAACACCCGCUGCUGCUGCUGCUACACGGGAGAAGGACCCCUGUCCACUGCCACCCAGUGGAGUAGUUUCUGACAGCCUGUCACUCCCAUCCUUCAAAGAGUAUCCUGGCCACCGUCCCUUCAUCAACACACUCCUGUACCACACACCCCAAACACGCACACAUCAGUCCUGUCGCCCAUCAUCACCCAGCAAGGCUUUCCCAGAGACCAGCAGCGCAGCAAUCCUGUCUGCCUUGAAGAACCUCCAGGAGAAGAUCAGGAGGUUGGAGCUGGAGAGAGGACAUACAGAGCGCAGUCUGCGCACUGUGGGGAGCGAUGCAUCGCGCACACGUCUAGAGGGCGACACUGUCGUACAGCGGCACUUAAAUGAUCAGACGGUAACAGAGAGAGCGAUAAGUGGCCAGUCCAACUGCAACCAAGUGUUGAUCACCCACUUGGCUGCUGCGGAGUCUCGCUGUGUGAAGCUGGAGCAACAGCUGGAUCACAUGAGGAGGAUGUUGCGCAAUGCCAAGGCGGACAGGACCAGCCUACUCAAACAGCAGGUUUCCACGGAGACAACCAAGUCAGCUGAUCAACAGUCUGACACAGUGUCUGAGCAUGCCCAGUUGGAGAAGCUGGAGCGACUGGAGCAGGAGUAUCUUCGGCUGACACGCACACAAAACAGCGCUGAGAUGAAGAUCCGGCAGCUGGAGAUGAAGCUACAGGAGGAGGAGCACCAGAGAAAGCUGGUCCAGGAUAAGGCCAAUCAGCUUCAGACAGGCUUGGAGGCCAAUAGGAUCCUGCUGCAGUCAGUUUCACCUUGUCUGUCCACCAGACAGUUCAAAGAGAAGAAGACAGAUUCAAAGAAAUCUUUACCACAGCAGUCGUCCUACACACAGCCACACUACAGACUGAGCCUCAGAGAUGUACCGUUUGUUGCUGGAAUGUCAGUAGGCUGCAGCCACUCAGUCCGAGCAAACGUCCAGUCAGUUUUAUCUCUCCUGAAGCGACACCAGCCGCACCUCUGCAACAGCCGUGUCCUCUCUAACAGCGCAAACGGCUAUGAGACAGGUAGUCGCAGGCAUUCGGACACUUCCUCUUCUUCCUCCUCUGCCAGUGGGGGGGAGCUCACAGAGCUGCUGCAAGCACUACAGGAGGAGCUGCGACUCAUGAGCCUGGAGCAGGACGAGCUGAUGAGGCAGGUGGAGGCCAGUGUUUCUGAACAGGAAAGAAAAGAACUUCAGAGGGAGCAGGAGAGGCUGCUGCUGAAAAUGGAGAGGAAGGGAGAGCAGAUCAGUAAACUCUACAAACACAAAACGCAGAUAAAGAAGUUGAGAAAGGAGGCUAAUUCUAGGCCAAACGGUGGGAAUGAGGUCAGAGUGACUACCACUGUGUCCACCAGAGGGCGUUCUGCAGGAGCAGUCAAAGUUGGACCAGGAGAGAGAAGCAAGAGGAACCUGAGGCUGCUGAGGGACAUGAAGGCUCUGCAGACCUCACUACGGACCUGAAACCCACCAAGGCAUUAACGCAGCACACUAAGUUAAUCUUGUUGGUGCUAUCUACCUACCUACGACCAUUAUCACACCAUCAACACAGUCACUGACUGAUGAUCAACACAGAUUAUGGCAGGACAUUGAAAACAGGUGUAUGUUCAUGAACAUAUGAUCUCUUAAGAAGAAUAUAUAUUUGUUUGCUAGGAAUAUUGUACCUAAAAAGCCUGUUACUGGGUCUCCAACAGCCCCAGUGCAUUUUUAUCAAAAGAAUCUGUUGUCUGAUUAGUCAUCUUUUUCACCAGCAGAGGGCAUGAAAGAUCUAAUGAGCGCUAGAAAAGAUAUUUGAAGUUUUUUUGGGGGGGGGCAUGGAAGCAAGUUUUACAGUAAUGCACAACAUAAAUGAGAAAAACCCAGAAAAACUUUUUUUUUCUCCUUCAAGGGAGCCAAAAUCCCAUGGUGCUGAAAAAUUCCUUGGUUUCUUGAUAGUCACAGAUUGUCAAAUUUCACAACUCUUGAUGAAGUGGAUGCAUCAGCCUGAGGCAGUGUAAAGAAACUGCAGCGAUCAAAUGGGUUGAUACAUAUUUCUGCUGAGUGAUUAGCCGAAAGAUGCCCUAAAAUCUAAAAAAAAUACUGUGGUUAAAACGACUGACUCUUGAUCUAUGUGUCAUAUUGCAGAUUUUUACUAUGUGUAUUUGUACACACAGAUGUUGUGUGUUAUGAUCAGAGUAUUUGUAAUUAUUUCUACAAAUAUAAGCUGGGUUUUGAUAUUUUUUGCUAUCAUGGGUAGUCUAUUUUUGAGUGAGCAUUUCUCUAAGAAAUAAAGUAUUUAUGUUUGCAUGA